AUGCCUAAGAAAAUCCUUACCAUUGAAUUUCCAACAAAAGAUAACUCCACAUAUACUACUGAAGCUACAAUGGUUAUCUUGGAUUUUCUUUCAAAGCUGCAAAACUUCUUGCAAGCAGACUCUCCGGUAGCAAUUGACCCUCCUAAACUAUGGGAGGCAAAUCCGCCAGCGGCUGCAAAUGGAACCUCGUUCAUAGACUUUAUAGGCCUCGCUUACACUGUUUGUACCGCCGUACAGCAGUAUUAUCUCCUCGCCGUUCCGUUUUACGCAGACUACUCAGCCGCUAACCAAGGAAGGCGACCCUACGUUGAACCGGGAGUCACAUCUGCUUGGGACUGGAGGCAAAAGAAUGUUAGUUCAGAUGGCUACAAUCAAUCAAUCAACAACGGAACAGUGUUCAAACAGUGGUGGGAAGAGACUGUCAUGAAGGCAAGUCCGGAGAGUUGCAGUGAGAGUUUGAUGUUGUAUGUUAUUCAGGAUGGAAAGCCUGUCUAUAAACCGGUAUAUCGAAGGUGUGUGCUUGCCAGACUUGAAGGCAGAGAGCCAGGCUAACCCGUCGCAGUGAACCUAAGUUUACACCUAGUGUCUUUGUAGGGAGACUAGUCAGCUGGGUUGGAGCUCCUGACCUGGUUUUUCCAAGUAAGUUUCCCUCGCCUCAAAACUCAAAAUCUUAGAAGCAUAGUUUCGAAUAAUCCCUAACACAAUACUAGUUGGUCAAGUACCUUACAACUCAACUGUUACCCUCAAAGAAGAGAUGCUCCCAAUAGCAGUAAACUUCGUCGCGGCAAAGGGGUGUGAUGGUAUGAUUUUCACCCUAGCCGAGCAAUUACUUGCCGCUGGAAUCUUGAAAAUCCCAAAAGUUGGGCCACAAGCUUUCUGA